GUGGGUGACCUCCAGCCCAAGCUGAUCCCCAUGCAGAUGACAGUGAGGGGCUGUCCUCUUUACUUCCAGAUGAUUGGUCCACACCCAGACAGACAGAACCAGGGGCCAAUCAUACGGUGAGCUGGAUCCCCAGUACUGUAUCUUCAGAUACGUUCUAUAACUUCCCCAUAAAUCUCCCAAUGACCAAUCUGCAUCUGUACCUACCUACCUGUGUCUUCUCAGGUUCGGUACCCACGUCUCUGGAGGGGACACAGUGUCCCGCUCUCUACGCCUGAACAACACUAGCCCCUACGGUAAGCUCUCAGCUCUCUGGACACCUCAGACGUCCUGUUGUCAGAUGGACCUGUUUCCUUAACGAGAAAACCUCUAGUCAAGUAUGAACACGUUAUUGCUGUGUGUUUAAUGUCAGAUAUCCGUAUGGACUGGGAGAGCUUCAACGUGGACCAGGAGGACAGGAAGCUGCUGGAUUUGGUGGUUGCCUACGGAGACGCCUUUCCCCUGAAGGACGCAGACGGCAACGAGGUGGUUGGGGGCGGGGCCAUGUCUAACGAGACUUCGCCCAUCUGGGACCGGAGCCAGACACCCAGCACUGAGGGAACUAGCUCCUCCUCUCUCAAGAGCAAGUCUGUGAGUGGAUGGAGACACCUGUCCUUCAUAGACAUUACAACUUAUUUCUACCAAAACAAGUAUGGGUUUGACAUUAUCACAACAUGUACAAUGUGCCACAAGUAUGCAGUUGUUGUGAUCAGGUUACUGUGAUAAGCAUUCUGAUGUGUUGUGAUAAGGAUUCUGAUGUGUUGUGAUGAUGUGGCAGUGGAUACCAUUACAUAAGCAUGCAUCAAUGGUUGUUCCUUCUCACCUAUAGGACCUUGAGGAGGAGGAGGAGGAGGAGGAAGGAGCUCUCUACCCUGCGCCUCCUCAGAGGAGGCUCUUCUCUGUCUUCAUCAGGCCGCACGAAGGCAACGCCUCCGACUACCCAUACUGCAUCACUCCACAGCAGAUAGUACGUAUAGCAUACUACCCAUACUGCAUCACUCCACAGCAGAUAGUACGUAUAGCAUACUACCCAUACUGCAUCACUCCACAGCAGAUAGUACGUAUAGCAUACUACCCAUACUGCAUCACUCCACAGCAGAUAGUACGUAUAGCAUACUACCCAUACUGCAUCACUCCACAGAAGAUGGAGCGCUUGUUCGACAUUGCAGCCGACAGUGCAGGUGACUGCCGACUGACUGAUCUGUCAGUCACAAUUUACCAAUGAUACUUGGUCAUGAUACUUGGUCAUGAUACUUGGUCAUGAUACUUGGUCAUGAUACUUAGUCAUGAUACUUGGUCAUGAUACUUGGUCAUGAUACUUGGCGGUUUUGAUCCUCUUGAACACGGCAAGUAGACUACCCAUACUGCAUCACUCCACAGUAGACUACCCAUACUGCAUCACUCCACAUCAGACUACCCAUACUGCAUCACUCCACAUCAGACCACCCAUACUGCAUCACUCCACAGUAGACCACCCAUACUGCAUCACUCCACAGUAGACUACCCAUACUGCAUCACUCCACAGUAGACUACCCAUACUGCAUCACUCCACAGUAGACCAACCAUACUGCAUCACUCUACAGUAGACGACCCAUACUGCAUCACUCCACAGUAGACUACCAAUACUGCAUCAGUCCACAGUAGACUUCCCAUACUGCAUCACUCUACAACAGACUACCCAUACUGCAUCACUCUACAGUAGACGACCCAUACUGCAUCACUCUACAACAGACUAUCCAUACUGCAUCACUCUACAGCAGACUACGCAUUCUGCAUCACUCUACAGCAGACUACCCAUACUGCAUCACUCUACAACAGACUACCCAUACUGCAUCACUCUACAGCAGACUACCCAUACUACAUCACUCUACAGCAGACUACCCAUACUGCAUCACACUACAGCAGACUACCCAUACUGCAUCACUCUACAGCAGACUACCCAUACUGCAUCACUCUUCAACAGACUUCCCAUACUGCAUCACUCUACAACAGAUAGUAUGUACAGCAGACUACCCAUACUGCAUCACUCUACAACAGACUACCCAUACUGCAUCACUCUUCAACAGACUUCCCAUACUGCAUCACUCUACAACAGACUACCCAUACUGCAUCACUCUACAACAGACUACCCAUACUGCAUCACUCUACAACAGACUACCCAUACUGCAUCACUCUUCAACAGACUACCCAUACUGCAUCACUCUACAACAGACUACCCAUACUGCAUCACUCUACAGCAGAGUACCCAUACUGCAUCACUCUUCAACAGACUACCCAUACUGCAUCACUCUACAACAGACUACCCAUACUGCAUCACUCUACAGCAGAGUACCCAUACUGCAUCACUCUACAGCAGAGUACCCAUACUGCAUCACUCUACAGCAGACCACCCAUACUGCAUCACCCCACAACAGACUACCCAUACUGCAUCACUCUACAACAGACUACCCAUACUGCAUCACUCUUCAACAGACUUCCCAUACUGCAUCACUCUACAACAGACUAUCCAUACUGCAUCACUCUACAACAGACUACCCAUACUGCAUCACUCUACAGCAGAGUACCCAUACUGCAUCACUCUACAGCAGAGUACCCAUACUGCAUCACUCUACAGCAGACCACCCAUACUGCAUCACCCCACAACAGACUACCCAUACUGCAUCACUCUACAACAGACCACCCAUACUGCAUCACCCCACAACAGAUAG